GCGAGCGCGCUCUGCGGCGCGGUCCGCAUCGGAGGCGGCACGAGCGGCAAGUGGGUGGCGGAUGGCUCUGCUGGGCCCGGCGGGCUUAGGGCCCGGUUCCCGCGGGCCGUUGGAUGAGGCUGUGGUGGCGGCCGAGGGGCGCGAGGCGGCGGCCCUGGAGGCGGCGGGAGCUGCCCUGGAGGACGAUGAAGAGGACGACGGCCGCGGCCGGGGCCUGCUGCGCUGGGACAGUUUCUCGGCCUGGUUGCACUGCGUGUGUGUGGUGGGCUUCGACCUGGAGCUGGGCCAGGCGGUGGAGGUAAUUUAUCCUCAACAUUCCAAACUUACUGAUAAAGAAAAAACCAACAUUUGCUAUCUGUCUUUUCCAGAUUCAAAUUCAGGUUGUCUUGGAGAUACCCAGUUUUGUUUUAGAUUUCGACAGUCUUCUGGAAGGAGAGUGUCACUGCAUUGUCUCCUCGAUCAAUUUGACAAAGACUUACCAGUUUACUUAAAGAAAGAUCCUGCUUAUUUUUAUGGCUAUGUGUAUUUUCGGCAAGUUCGAGAUAAAACUCUCAAAAGAGGCUACUUUCAGAAGUCACUGGUUUUGAUCAGCAAACUACCUUACAUUCAUUUUUUUCACACCGUGCUCAAACAAAUAGCACCAGAGUAUUUUGAGAAAAAUGAGCCUUAUUUGGAAGCAGCUUGUAAUGAUGUUGAUCGAUGGCCUGCUCCAGUGCCAGGGAAAACAUUGCAUCUACCUAUUAUGGGUGUAGUAAUGAAGGUACGGAUUCCCACAUGCCAUGACAAGCCCGGAACAACUCAAAUAGUACAGUUAACUCAGCAGUCAGAUACAAACAUAUCUGUUAUUUUACCUACUGUUCAUGAGGUAGAUCUUUUCAGGUGUUUCUGCCCAGUUUUCUUUCAUAGUCAGAUGUUGUGGGAGCUGGUUCUAUUGGGGGAGCCCCUCGUGGUCAUGGCGCCAUCCCCAUCAGAGUCCUCAGAGACUGUACUGGCUCUUGUUAACUGUAUUUCUCCAUUAAAAUACUUCAGUGAUUUCCGGCCUUAUUUUACGAUUCAUGAUAGUGAAUUCAAAGAGUACACUACCCGUACACAAGCUCCGCCCUCAGUCAUAUUAGGAGUAACCAACCCAUUUUUUGCUAAAACACUCCAGCACUGGCCACACAUUAUUCGAAUAGGAGAUCUUAAACCUGCAGGUGAAAUUCCUAAGCAAGUUAAAGUGAAAAAAUUGAAGAACCUAAAGACUCUGGAUUCUAAACCUGGAGUUUAUACUUCUUACAAGCCAUAUCUAAAUCGAGAUGAAGAGAUCAUAAAACAAUUACAGAAGGGUGUACAACAGAAACGUCCUUCUGAAGCACAAAGUGUUAUUCUCCGGCGCUAUUUUUUGGAACUGACACAAAGCUUCAUCAUUCCAUUAGAAAGGUAUGUGGCAAGCUUGAUGCCUCUACAGAAGAGUAUUUCUCCAUGGAAGAGUCCCCCUCAAUUAAGACAGUUCCUUCCAGAAGAAUUUAUGAAGACACUUGAGAAAACAGGACCUCAGCUAACUUCUAGAAUAAAAGGAGAUUGGAUUGGACUUUACCGGCAUUUUCUAAAGUCUCCAAAUUUUGAUGGCUGGUUCAAGACCCGGAGGAAAGAAAUGACCCAAAAAUUGGAAGCACUCCAUCUAGAAGCUCUUUGUGAAGAGGACCUACUUCUCUGGAUCCAGAAACACACAGAAGUAGAAACAGUAGACCUUGUAUUGAAGCUGAAAAAUAAGCUGUUACAGGCUGACCGAGAACAUUUACCUGUGAAACCUGACACUGUGGAAAAGUUACGGACACACAUAGAUGCAAUUAUUUUAGCUUUGCCAGAGGAUCUGCAAGGCAUACUGCUCAAAACUGGCAUGACAUGAUAGUUACCAGAAUUUUGCGGCCAAAAAGGAAUGUGCACCAGGAAGCAUACUGACAUUUCAACUACACGCACAAGGGCAGCAGAGUGGAAAAUAGCCGUGAAUGCUAGACACAGGGUGGAAAGACUGUGUUGUAUAAACAGACCUUUUUAGUGCAUUAUUUUUAAAUAUGGAUAUCUGUGGUGGUUUGCUUUAAUACUGAAGCACCGAAAGGCAUUUCUAUAUUUUUAAUCAUGUUCUAAAGUGCUCUUAAUAGAGACCUGUGGGGCCAUCAGUAUAAGUGAUUCCAAACUGCAGUGCUGGCAUUGCAGGUAUUUUUUUUAAACUGGUGCUGCUUUGCCCAAUCAUGUUGAAACUCAGGGGGAUUUAAAAAUAACAUUCACACUGGCUAUCUUCUUAAGAAGGAAAAGACGGAACUGUCCAACUAUAGUUACAAGUAAUUGAUGCUCGUGUAGUGCCUUCUGUUGUCCUAUAUAUUUCACAAAGGCCAGCUGCUAGUCUUGAAGCUUUUUCUUGGCUUAUGAUUUGUAAUUUUAUACGACAUUUGGUUCAGGAAUCAUUGCUUUAAAAUACUUUUCUUGCCCCCUUCAUUGUGUCUAUUAGUUGAAAUGGUGGGUUUUAAAAAAAAAUUGUCAUUUAGAAUUUUCAUCUCACUGCUUACCAUUUUCAAAAUUUAGUCUUACUAGCUUCACCAAGGGCAAGAAGGCAUCAAGUAUUAAUUACAGAAGAGUUCAUUUUCUUUUACUCUUUAUUAAUUGGGCCUAUGUAAAUUACAUAAGUAGUUUUUUAAAACACAUCCUAAUUAUGAACUUCAUAAUUAGCUACUUCUUAAAAACGGGAUUAUUCUUCAAAGGCAUCCAUAAGCUUUUUAAGUGAUAGUUAUUUGAGUGGUUUUAUAAGAUUAAUAUUCAGCAUUAUUUGUUACUUAGUAUAACUUUCCCUAAAUAAAUGUUUCUCAGAACACUUUCGCUAAUGUUUGACGUGGAAACUUUUACCUGAAUCACUGUUAUAAUUGUUGUUU